AAUUUAAAGACAAUUAUGAUUAUUUUAUUAAAAGAUAUUGACACGAAAAUACAUGAAUUAUUAGCUACUUUAUAAGUUGCACACGAAUUUUAAGGAUGAUAAUACAUAAUCUUUCAAUAUACUUCAUCCGUCCCUGAAAUAAGUUCAUCUUUUUUUCUUUUUAGGACGUCCCCCAAAUAAGUUUCUCUUUCUUUCUUUCCAUUUUUGGACAACUACCCCACCACUAAUAAUACUUUAUUUAUUUUUAUUUUUUACUUUUUCACCACUCCCAAUACUAAUUAUAACAUUUUUUCACAUUUUCACCACUCUCAAUACUAAUUAUAACAUAUUUUUCUCCACUAUCAAUAUACUUUAUCACUUUUUUUUAAAACACAUGCCGUCCUCAAAGAGGAAGUUAUUUUGGGGACGGAGGGAGUAUCAUGUUUUUCACAAACAAAAUAUUUCCGGCUAUUUUCUAAAUCUGAUAUAGAAAUUAUAAUUGACGUGACAAGUGUUGGUGUUAGCGUGGCGUCCCUAAAAUUUUAACUAGAGAUCAACUCAUCAAUUAUUCCUCAAAUUUAUUUCCCUAAACUUUAAUUUAGAUUUCUUCCUCGAGCCGAGGACGAGCCCCUUUCUGAAUUGGGCUGCCUCUGUGCGUAGUUGGCUGAACCCGUUUUCAUCUAUGGAGAAAGCGUCUUCCGCCUGCCGCCGUCUCCGCCAUCUCCUUCUACCUAAACGCAAGCCCGAUUCCGUCGUCGCGGUUGCCACCUCCAACACCCAAGCCAAAUUUCAAAAUGUCGUCGAGAAAUUCAAGAAAUUGUCAAACUCUGGCGGAUUCCGGGCGCAACGCGCGCCAUUCAAGGCCGCCGUCCGCCGCCUAUCGCGAGCCGGCCACUUCUCUCACGUCGAAGACAUCCUUCAACACCAAAAGCAGUACGAAAGUAUCAAAAACGAACACUUCACCGCCCGCCUUAUCCACCUCUAUGGCCAGGCCAAAAUGCUCGACCACGCCCUCCAACUGUUCGACGAAAUGCCCAAACUAAACUGCCCGCGCACCGUUUUCUCCUUCAACACCCUCCUCUCCGCCUGCUUCCCUUGCAGAAACUUCGACAAGGCGAUCGAGCUGUUCCGAGAAUUACCGGCGAAGCUGUCGAUAGAGCCCAAUGCGAUCACCUACACUUCAGCGAUGAAAGCGUUCUGCAAAACGGGAUCCUUCGACGACGCCGUUUCCUUGCUGGAUGAAAUGGCGGCGAAAGGCGUCGGCCCCGACGCCGUAACGUUCAGCUUGCUGUUGGGUGAGCUCUACCACAGCGGUAGAUAUUUGGAGGGCGAGAAUGCGUGGAAUCUGAUGAGAGAGAAGGGCGUGGAUCCGGAUGUGAGGUGUUAUAACUCGAGGGUGCAGGGGAUGGUGAGCGAGAAGAAAAUGUGGGAAGCGGUUGCAUUGGUAAGGGAGAUGGAGCAGAAGGGGCUGCGGCCCAACAGCUACACUUACAAUGUGUUGAUCAAAGGGUUCGUGGAUGAAGGCAAUGUUGAGGAGGUGAAGAAUUGGUAUGCGGCGCUGCAGGAGAGCAGCAGUGCUGCUCCCGACAUCUUCACGUACCUCCGACUUGUUCCCUUUGCGUUGGAUUGCAUCGGCGUUGAUUUGGCAUUGGAGUUGUGCAAGAAUUCUGCCGGUCUGAAGAAGAAACUUCCUGUGGCGAUGGUGAGGAGAGUGAGUGAUGAGCUGCUUAAGCACUCCAGAGUUGAGGACGCCAAACUCCUGCUCCACUUGUAUACUUUGCCACAUUCUCAACCCUGAUUAUCUUCUUUUAUUAUUAAGAGUUACACUUGUUUAAUCAGAUUCAUGGUUUGGAUUGCCAGUUUU